AUGAGAGUACAUUGGACUCCCUACCUUUUUGAGGCGAUCUCCGCCGCUGCGUCCUCGUGCCUGCAUCUAGGCAAAGUGUCGACUUCCCAUGCAAGGGACCCCGUCGCCAUCUCCGGCAUCUUCAACAACAUGUACUUACUCCUGCACGACCAAGAAUCCGAGUCCUACGAGGACGACCGAGGCUUCAAAAUCCUUAUCCACGACCCGCGCGACGACCCUGUGAUCGACCUGAGAACCCACGGGACGACCCUGAUGGAGGGCUGGGUGAAGGACGUCCGCGUGGCCGUCAGGGAGUUCAAAACCAUCCCGACGAAUCGCCGGCCUUGCAUCGCCACGCCCGCCUACUCCUCCUCGCAGUGCAUCUCCACGUGUUUCCUCCGCACGCUGUACAACGAGACGCGCUGCCUCAUGCCGUACAUGAGCCAUUCCCUCAUUGGCCUUCGCCCCCGGGCAGAGAGUCACAGCCGAUGCAACCACUGCCACCUGCUCCUUCCCGCAGCGCCCGUCGCCCCGCGCGGGGAGCCCUGCAGGACCCCCGAGCAGUACCGCUUGGCCCUUGCGAGGGAGCAGGACCUCCUGUUCUACGGCGGGUGGUCGCACGUGAGGUGCAGCUGCCUCAAGCAGUGCAACGAGGACAUCUAUUCGACCUUUACGGAGGCGGCGAAGACCUCUGGCAAGUCCGCUAAACUCAGGGUCUUCUUCCAGGACCUCACCUACGACGAGGUGUCCGAAGACAUCGCCUACGGCGCCAUCGCCCUCCUCUGCGACAUCGGGGGCACGCUCGGCCUGCUGCUGGGCGCCUCCGUGCUCACCUUCAUCGAGUUCGUGGAGGUCCUCGGCAUGAAGUUCCUGCCGCGGGCCCCUCGGCUGUGAGGGCUCGCCUCCUGCUGAACCGCAUUCCCUGCGGCGCGCGUGGAAGAGGUGUGGGUGGAACGGAGUGUCUUGUGCUGCGGAGAUGUUCACUCUCACUCAUACUUUUUUCUUUUUCUUUUCAUCGGUUGUUUGAAUUGUUAUUGCUAUAUGUUCACGUUUUUCUUUCCCUUUCGUUGCUUUGGAGGAUUCCUUUUUGUCUGAAUUAUUAUUUUUAGCAAUUUGAUAUUAUUCAUUAUUCCACUUACCAUUCGUUGUUAUUCACCGUUAUCAUUGCUCAUUAUUUCACUUUUAUUUAUUAAUGACGUCUGUUCGUUUGAUAACCUUUAUUGUUAUCGUUUUUAUUAUGUAACAACCACCUUGGUCUCACCAAAAAGUAAUUUGGUGAUUUCGCAAUAAGAAACGAUGCUGAGAGCAAAGAGUGCGCUCUAAAGUUGGAGUCGCGUGUGUGCGUGC